UCCCCCGAACCCCGACCCGACCCGAACCCAGAAGACUACUCCGGGACUCACCCCCGUACGAACAACCCAGCCCUCCCCCCUCUACCCCGACGCCCACCCCCAUACAGGCAAAACCCCCUACCCGACCCCAAAACCCCGUCCCGACUAUUUUUUAGCAAAAACCAGACCCGGACCUCUAAGGCUUUACUCAAGCAAACCCCGAUCCCCGACGAUCCUGCCCACGAAGGCUCGGGGUGCUACCCUAGUUUAAAAAAUAAAUUUUUCACAGCGAAAUGCACAGAGCUUGUAAUGAAUGGGAAGAUAUACUUGUAGAAUAUCCCAACGAUUUAAUGGCACUUAAAUUUGCUCAUACUGGAUAUUUUUAUAUUGGAGAGCAUUUGGCUAUGAGAGACAGUAUUGCGAGAGUGAUUGAUAAAUGGGAUAAAGAGAGAUAUCCUGGUUAUAGUUAUCUACACGGGAUGUAUGCUUAUGGAUUAGAAGAAUCCGGGGAAUAUAUCGAAGCAGAAAAACAAGCAAGAAUAGGCCUACAAUUACAACGUCAAGAUGGCUGGUCUACCCAUGCUAUAGCUCACUGUAGGGAAAUGGCUAGCGAUUUCAAAAAUGGAAUUAAUUUUUUGGAAUCCACAGAGAAUGAUUGGAGUCAGUGUAAGCUGCUCCAUGGGCAUAAUUACUGGCAUAAUGCCCUCUUUUACAUUGAAAAGGGGGACUUUGAGACAGCUUUAACUAUUUAUGACAAUAAAUUAGCACCCAAAACCUCAAAAAAAUCCUUUACAAUAAUGGAAUUAAUAGAUGCUUCUUCCCUUUUGUCAAGACUUGAAUUGGAAAGAAUUAAUGUUGGUAGAGAACGUUGGGAAGGAUUGAUACCUUUAGUUGGGCCACAUAUUGGGGAUCAAAUAAUUGCUUUUAAUGAUGCACAUAUAGCUAUGGUGUUGAGUAAAUUGGAUGAUGAAGAUAUUGAUGGAAGGGGGAAUUUGGCUUAUUUACAUGCCAAAAAUAUAUCGAAUUUUGUGGGGGAUAAACAAAAUAUUGGAGAGAAUGCAAUAAUUAUGCGUGAUUUUGGGGAAAAAUUGUGUUCAUCAAUUAAUUUAUUUAAUAAAGAAAAAUAUGACCAAGCAUUUGAUGAUUUGUAUUCUAUCAAAUCACAAUUUUGUAGACUUAGUGGAAGCCAUGCUCAAGUAAUUUUUGAGUUUUUAGAAAAAUUUUUGGGGGUUUAA